AUGACACCCAUCUCCAACCCGCUGCCCCCGCUGCAGGUGGAGUUUGUUGAGCUCUCGUUUAUGGAGCGACGCAUGCGAGGACAAAAACUGGUUAUCCAGUUUAAUUUGAGAUUACAGGAAACCGUUGAGUAUGCCUUCCUCAUCAUUUUCACGAUCGAGACCUUUCUGAAGAUAAUCGCCUAUGGUCUGGUGAUGCACCAGAACGCGUACGUGAGAAACGGUUGGAACAUGCUGGAUUUUGUCAUUGUCGUCAUAGGACUCUUCAGUGUUGUCUUGGAGCUUUUGACCAAAGAGGAGAAGCCAGAAGGUGACGGACUCGCGGAGAAUCCGUCGCUGCACGGCCAUGGAGGUAAACCAGGUGGAUUCGACGUUAAAGCCCUUCGAGCCUUCCGUGUGCUGCGACCCCUGCGGCUGGUCUCAGGAGUACCCAGUUUACAGGUGGUGUUGAACUCCAUCAUUAAAGCCAUGGUCCCUCUUCUUCACAUUGCUCUGCUGGUCUUGUUUGUUAUUAUCAUCUAUGCUAUUAUCGGCCUGGAGCUUUUCAUUGGGAAAAUGCACGCAACCUGCUAUAUGCCUGGAUCAGAUAUGACAGCAGAGGAGGACCCGGCUCCAUGUGCGAUCUCAGGUCACGGGCGCCAAUGCCCCAUCAACGGCACAGUGUGCAGGGAGGGCUGGCAGGGUCCCAACGGUGGCAUCACCAACUUCGACAACUUCCUGUUCGCCAUGCUGACGGUGUUUCAGUGCAUCACCAUGGAGGGCUGGACGGACGUGCUGUACUGGAUGAACGAUGCUAUGGGCUUAGAGCUUCCAUGGGUGUACUUUGUCAGUCUUGUGAUCUUCGGCUCCUUUUUCGUUCUUAACCUGGUUUUGGGUGUGUUGAGCGGAGAGUUUUCCAAGGAGAGAGAGAAGGCCAAAGCUCGUGGAGACUUCCAGAAGCUGCGUGAGAAGCAGCAGCUGGAGGAGGAUCUGAAGGGUUACCUGGACUGGAUCACUCAGGCUGAAGACAUCGACCCCGACAAUGAGGACGAGGCCGAUGAGGAGACCAAGCGCAACCGGGUGACUCUGGCUGACCUUACUGAGAAGAAGAAAGGAAGGUUUGGGUGGUUCAGCCAGUCGUCCGACACUCAUGCGAGCGUCCCGGCCAGCGAAACGGAAUCUGUGAACACCGAGAAUCAGAACGGGGAGGAUGAAAAGACGCCAUGCUGCGGAGCUCUGUGUCAAAAAAUUUCGAAGUCUAAGUGCAGUCGGCGCUGGCGCCGCUGGAACAGGUUCUGCCGCAGGAAGUGCCGGUUGGCUGUUAAAUCGGUGCCUUUCUAUUGGUUGGUCAUCAUCUUGGUGUUCCUCAACACCCUCACCAUAUCAUCAGAGCAUUACAACCAGCCGUCGUGGCUGACUCAAGUGCAGGAUGUGGCCAACAAAGUGCUGUUAGCCAUGUUCACGUGUGAGAUGCUGGUGAAGAUGUACAGUCUGGGGCUACAGGCCUACUUCGUGUCGCUGUUCAACCGCUUCGACUGCUUCGUGGUGUGUGGAGGAAUCACUGAAACCAUUCUGGUGGAGUUGGAAAUCAUGUCUCCCCUCGGUAUCUCUGUGUUCCGCUGCGUGCGUCUGCUGAGGAUCUUCAAGGUCACACGUCACUGGCAGUCACUGAGUAACCUGGUAGCAUCUUUGCUCAACUCCAUGAAGUCCAUCGCCUCCCUGCUGCUGCUGCUCUUCCUCUUCAUCAUCAUCUUCUCCCUGCUGGGCAUGCAGGUGUUUGGCGGAAAGUUCAACUUUGACGAAACUCAGACCAAGAGGAGCACGUUUGACAACUUUCCCCAAUCUCUUCUGACUGUGUUUCAGAUCCUGACCGGAGAAGAUUGGAACGCUGUUAUGUACGAUGGCAUCAUGGCGUACGGAGGCCCUUCGUCCUCUGGGAUGAUUGUGUGCUUUUACUUCAUCAUCCUCUUCAUCUGUGGAAACUAUAUCCUGCUGAAUGUCUUCUUGGCUAUCGCUGUGGACAACUUGGCAGAUGCAGAGUCUCUUAACACAGACGGAGCAGACACUAAAGGGGACAAAAAGGAGGAGGAAAAGGAGGACAAGGAAGAGGAAGAGGACAAUGAUGACACGGCAGCGGAGGAGGAGGAUCCAGAGGUACCGUCGGGGCCUCGGCCCGUCCUCUCUGAUCUGGUAAAGAAAGAGAAGAUCACUCCUAUCCCAGAGGGAAGUGCCUUCUUCAUCUUCAGCACCACGAACCCGGUGCGCGUGUUUUGCCACAAACUCAUAAAUCAUCACAUCUUCACCAACCUCAUCCUGGUGUUCAUCAUGCUGAGCUCCGUCUCCCUCGCUGCUGAGGAUCCCAUCCGGAACUUCUCCGCUCGCAAUAUUGUCCUAGGCUAUGCAGAUUAUGUCUUCACUAGUAUGUUUACAUUUGAGAUCAUAUUGAAGAUGACCACGUACGGAGCUUUUCUGCAUAAAGGUGCAUUCUGUAGGAAUUAUUUCAACCUGCUCGACCUGUUGGUGGUGGGAGUGUCCCUUGUCUCCUUUGGCAUUCAAUCCUCAGCCAUCUCAGUGGUGAAGAUUCUGAGGGUCCUCCGUGUUCUUCGGCCCCUGAGGGCCAUCAACAGAGCCAAGGGCCUGAAGCACGUGGUGCAGUGUGUGUUUGUGGCCAUCAGGACCAUCGGUAACAUCAUGAUCGUCACCACUCUGCUCCAGUUCAUGUUCGCCUGUAUAGGGGUGCAGCUGUUCAAGGGAAAGUUCUAUCGCUGCACAGAUGAAGCCAAGUCCAGUCCAGAGGAGUGCAAGGGCACCUACAUCCUGUAUAAGGACGGAGACGUGAACCAGCCAACCAUCCACAGACGACUGUGGCACAACAGCGACUUUAAUUUUGACAAUGUCCUGAUGGCGAUGAUGGCUCUGUUCACUGUGUCCACUUUUGAAGGCUGGCCUUCGUUACUGUACAAGGCCAUCGACUCCAACAGGGAGAACCUCGGCCCCAUUUACAACUACCGCGUGGAGAUUUCCAUCUUCUUUAUCAUCUACAUCAUCAUCAUCGCCUUUUUCAUGAUGAACAUCUUCGUAGGUUUUGUGAUCGUCACAUUUCAGGAGCAGGGAGAGAAAGAGUACAAAAACUGUGAACUGGACAAGAACCAGCGUCAGUGUGUGGAGUACGCUCUCAAGGCUCGUCCACUGAGGCGGUACAUACCUAAGAACCCGUACCAGUACAAGUUCUGGUAUGUGGUGAACUCCACUGGGUUUGAGUACAUCAUGUUCGUGCUCAUCAUGCUCAACACGCUCUGCCUGGCUGUGCAGCAUUAUGGUCAGUCAGCGACAUUUAACUAUGUCAUGGAUAUUCUCAAUAUGGUCUUCACUGCUGUCUUCACUGUGGAAAUGGUUCUUAAACUCAUCGCUUUCAAACCCAGGCACUAUUUCGCUGAUGCUUGGAACACUUUUGAUGCCUUAAUUGUUGUUGGUAGCGUCGUCGAUAUUGCUAUCACUGAAGUGAGUGGUGGAGGCAGGAACACAGAGGACAGCGCUCGCAUCUCCAUCACCUUCUUUCGUCUGUUUCGAGUCAUGCGGCUGGUUAAGCUACUCAGCAGAGGGGAGGGCAUCCGCACCCUGCUGUGGACUUUCAUCAAAUCCUUUCAGGCUCUGCCAUACGUUGCUCUUCUGAUCGCCAUGCUGUUCUUCAUCUACGCUGUCAUCGGCAUGCAGGUGUUUGGAAAGGUUGCGAUGGUGGACGGCACACACAUAAACAGAAACAACAACUUCCAGACCUUCCCUCAGGCCGUGCUCCUGCUCUUCAGGUGUGCCACCGGAGAGGCGUGGCAGGAGAUCAUGUUGGCCUGUAUAGCCGGGAAACUGUGCGACCCAGAGUCCGACUACGGCCCCGGGGAGGAGAUGACGUGUGGCAGCGGAUUUGCAAUCAUUUACUUCAUCACUUUCUACAUGCUCUGCGCCUUCUUGAUCAUCAAUUUGUUUGUGGCUGUCAUCAUGGACAACUUUGACUAUUUGACACGUGAUUGGUCCAUUCUCGGUCCUCACCACCUGGAUGAGUUCAAGAGAAUCUGGUCAGAGUACGACCCAGAGGCCAAAGGCAGGAUCAAGCAUCUGGAUGUGGUGACUCUCCUGCGUCGUAUUCAGCCGCCUCUUGGCUUCGGCAAACUGUGUCCUCACAGAGUGGCCUGCAAGAGGCUGGUAGCCAUGAACAUGCCUCUGAACAGUGACGGCACAGUCAUGUUUAACGCCACCCUGUUUGCACUGGUGCGAACGGCCUUGAAGAUCAAAACAGAGGGUAAUCUGGAGCAGGCCAACGAAGAGCUGCGGGCAGUCAUCAAGAAGAUCUGGAAAAGAACCAGCAUGAAGCUUCUGGAUCAAGUGGUGCCUCCUGCUGGUGAUGAUGAGGUAACCGUGGGGAAGUUCUAUGCCACCUUCCUGAUACAGGACUACUUUAGGAAAUUCAAGAAACGUAAAGAGGAAGGCCUGGUGGGUGCUCACCCCUCGCAGAACAACACGGCCAUCGCUCUGCAGGCUGGCCUUCGCACGCUGCAUGAUAUCGGGCCCGAAAUUCGCCGAGCGAUAUCAUGCGAUCUGCAGGAUGACGAGCUAGUAGACUUUAUUCCCGAGGAAGACGAGGAAAUUUAUAGGCGUAACGGCGGCCUCUUCGGUAACCAUCUCAUGAACGGUGGUCACCGGCGCUCCAACGGCCAUCAGACCAACGCAACACAGCGACCCCUGCAGGUGCAGCCUCCGCCUCACUAUGCCCACAUGGAGCAGCCGGUGGGACGCCUGUCUCGAGCCAACGCCAUGUCCCAGCCCAACCACCAUCAUCACCACCACCACCAUCACAACCGACACCACAACUCCUAUGGCAAGUCUCCCAAAUCCACCAACAUCAACCUCAACAACGCCAACGUGUCCAGUUUGCCCAAUGGAGGACACCACCGCUACUAUGAGCACGCACCUCCCAAUGGCUACCCAGGUCUACGCAACUCCUACUACGAGUACGACAAGCCCCGGACACCCCAGGGUCAAAGAAGGCGCUACUAUGAGACCUAUGUUAGGUCCCACGGAGGGGAUGGCCGCCACCCCACCAUCCGCAGGGAGGAGGAGUUGGAUGAAGAUCGCUUAUCUGGGGAGUAUUACAGUGGGGAGGAGUUUUAUGAGGAUGACAGUAUGCUGUCAGGGGAAAGGUAUCAGAACAGUGACACAGAGUAUGAGACUCCCAAAGGUUACCACCACCCUGACACUUACUAUGACGACGACGAGCAGCCUCUCUACCGCGACUCGCGGAGGUCACCAAAGAGACGGCUGCUUCCUGCCACACCUCAAGCGCCCACUUGUUCAGGCCACAGGAGGCCAUCCUUCAACUUUGAGUGUCUGCGCAGACAAAGUAGCCAGGACGAGCUUCCACAUCAGCGCACUGCUCUUCCACUGCACCUUAUGCAGCACCAGGUAAUGGCUGUAGCAGGCCUGGACUCCAGCAGAGCCCACCGCCUCUCCCCGACCCGCUCCACCCGCUCCUGGGCAACUCCCCCUGCCACCCCGGCUAGUAAAGACCAGUCGCCAUACUACACCCCUCUCAUCCGUGUGGACCACCCCCACAGAGAGAGUGUCGCUAGCAGCCAAGUGUCCGUGCGUAAGAGCUCCUGGUACACAGACGACCCCGACUUCUCCCAGAGGAUGUACUCACCUGUCCAUCUGCAGGUGCCACCUGAAUACCACAGCCAGUACCACCAGAAGAGAGGCAGCGCCACCAGCCUGGUGGAAGCGGUUUUGAUAUCUGAAGGGCUUGGGAGAUACGCCCAGGAUCCCAAGUUUGUCGCCGCCACAAAGCACGAGAUAGCAGACGCGUGUGAGAUGACAAUAGACGAGAUGGAGAGCGCAGCCAGCCAUCUACUGAACGGUGGGAUUGCCCGGGGCGUCAACGGGGUCAACGUGUUUCCCCUUCUGACACCAAGGGACUAUGAACUGCAGGACACUGCAGCCAGCUACAGCGACGAGGAGCCAGAGACAGAACUCAGAGCUCCUUACGAGGAGGACCUGGCAGACGAGAUGAUCUGCAUCACGACUUUAUAGCAGUGGCUGGAGAAAUCUGCAAAUUAGAACCUUUGUGAGACUACAACCCGUGAAACUAAAAAAAAAAGAGUAAUGCACCUGUUGGCUCCAACCAAAAGAAGUGCCUUUUACCUUGAAGAGAAAAGGCAUAUUGAGGAAAGACACAUAGUCCCGUUCAUUUAAUUAUUCUCCGCCUGCCAGCAUGAGGACGUCACAGCGCAGAGCCACACACCACCCCCGCUGUACACAGAGGGACCGGCUGAACCCUCUCGUCAAAAAGGCCUUGACCUGGAGGUGACGUACAGGUUCAGCCUGCGGCCAGUCAGAGACAACGACAGUGAUGCCAUUGAAAGAUGGACCAAUUGGCAAAGGUGUGAGACGCUGUAUAGGGCGGGUCUCUAAGGGUGAUGACAAUCAGAUGUACGAUGUCAUUACCUCAGUCACUUUAUUAAGGUUCGGCAUAUCAUGCAAGUUUUCAAUGCAAGCAUAGAAAGGCAUAUCUCCUCCUUAGUCGUUGGAACGAGUUGAUCCCUCUGUUGUUGGAACAGAUUGUGAAACGGUUGCUGCAGCCGAGUCAAAGAAGCGAAGAGCACCAUUAGAGUUGUACCAGAUUUAUGCAGGAACAAACUGUCCUACUUAAAGCAUCACUCAACUUGAGAUAUGUACUUUUGAAGCGACAAACGCAUUUGUGAUAAAUGCACUAGCCGGCAGGUUAUUUUAAAUUUUAGAAUAUCCUGAUUAAUAUUUCAUAGUUGAUAUGCUGUAAAUUGUAUUAUACAACAAAAGAAACUUUGUAAAGAGAUAUUCUAUAUUUUGUAAUUACAUAUCAUUUAAAAGAUCAGCAAUAUGGACCCUUGUGACUCCCGUUAUGCUAUAAAAGCAAAUUUGCAUUUUAUUAGGUACAAUAUUCUGACAUUUCUUUGCCUUUUGUUUCUUUGCUAAUAUGCACCCAUUGUUUUGCCUAUGAAACGGCAGUUGAAGAGGUUCCACUUGUGCGACAACACUGCUGCACAAGAUAUGCAAAUGGAUUUGAUUUCUCAGCAGCAUGUGCUACUUCAUCAAACCAACACCAGUUGCAUAAGGUUAAGUCCCCUUUAAAGGAGAGUUUUUCAAAAGCAAGCCUCAAGGAUCCAGUGCCGAAAUUUUAUACAGAUGUGACGAACACAUUUGUUUUACAUCUUUUGUGCAGGGCAUGCACAAGAAUUUAAUGCUGCUUUUUUUAGUUGGUUUUCAGAAUCUAACUUUUCGGUUUCGUCAGCCCCAGCUGAAAUGCCUUCUUGCUGCUGAAAGGAAGAAAAAUGACAGAUGGUGAUAACAGGGAUAAAAUUAAUAUUUCUCAUAGCGUGUGCUGGGAUUUGCCAUGAAUCUUUGUUGAUCAUGGUGUGAUUCCAUAAAAAAGAAAAAAAAAUACCUUUGUACUUAAUCUUCACAGUUAAAUCUUAGUCUUCAUGUAGUGUGCGAGGGCAUCGGAGCCCGUGGUGGCAGGAGGCGACGCAUGCACACAUCCAAAGGUCAGAAACAGCCCAAAAUGCAUUGUACAUGGAAGGACAGAGGGUUUCCUGGUGUCAGGACGCUGGAGAGAGGCUAAGCAAUACAACCCCCUUCCCGCCCCUUUCUCUCUCAGCCUGCCUGGUUCCUGCAUACAGAAUACCUCGUUAGGCGACGGUGACAACAUAUCAUUGUCUCAACCUGUCUGUCUGUCCACAGUGGAGUGUGAAAGAGAUUCCGUAGGGUUGAACUUGGACUUUGUGUUUUUUACUCUAAUCAGAGACCAGGAAGGAGAAACUCACCCUGGAUGCAUGAAAAGGAGCGACUGACGCCCACAAGUUGGAACCCAAACAACAAAACAUCUCUUAUUGGUUAUCACUUAUUGAUCACAAUGUGGCUAAUGGACUAAAAUACCUAAAUGGGCUUUUUCAGGCAUUACCAUGGAGAGUUUGAAUUAUCACCAAGGAUAUUUAGGGUGAACGUGAUCUGUUGUUCAUGAGUGUUUGAUUGGCAGGCGAGUGCAGACUGUGCUCUAACUCAACCGAACACUGUCAUGAAAAUGUAGGUUUUCCACUUUGUGUGCACAUUGAAAGGGCUCUUUGAAUUGUUUGUGAGUAAAAAAAAAAAAAAAGUGCUCUAGUCCUUUUUGUUGACGACCGUCACAUAAAAAGGACCAAUGCACAAAACAGGCACAUUGUACUAUUCGUAGCAAUUACAGUACUGAUGAACUGAAGAUAUGCAUCGUUUUGUAAACACUUUUAAAAGUUGUGUUAAACUAAAGAUGAAAAAGAACUUACUUUUACCUCAUGUCAGGGAUUCCUGAAAAAAAGAGAAUAAAUGAUUUGGUUCAGUCUAUACCAAUGGUAUUUAAAUAUUAGCACAUAGCUGUUUGUCUUUGCACAAGUAACUGUAUAGUGCUUUUGUUUCUCUUUUUUCUAAACAGAUUUGUGUAUUAAGGUGAGAAGAUUUUGUACUUUUUGUGACCGUGUGUAUGGUUUAGUGGAAUCUAUAUUUGUCAUUUACACCACACCUGCUGGGAAUGAAAGAGUAGAAAAAAAGUAUUUUCAAGGUGCACUGUUCCUCUGUUCAUGGGAUGGGGAAAAAAAUAUAAUGGUAAAGAAGAGUUUACAGAGAAACACAUUGAUUUGAACAUUUCUUUUAGUUUUCUUCAUAUUGUUCUGAUUCUAAUUACUAUAACAACUAUUAAUGUUCUGAAAGCUGUAUUUAAAUAGAAGAUAAUGUAAAAUAUGUACAAAAGUAUGGAAAGACCCAUGGUAAUGUUCUCUACUUGAAAGUCUUGAUAUUUGCUCCUUAAUGUUUUUAUUCAGUACAACAUGAUUUCUCUUAGUAGCAAAUGCUUUACUAUAACCUUCUAGGUUUUGUAUAAAUACUUUUUUUAUUUAUUUUGGCCUUGACUUUAUUUGAAUCGAUACUGAUAUUUUAUUUUCUAUUGAUCAUCAUUGAAUAAACUUAUGCUUAAUUA